ACUUCACACUUUGCAAGUUUGCAUCACAAAAACAUCAUCAUAGUAGUAACAUCAAACACAACUACAAAAGAUUAAUGAGUGGUGCUGGGAACAUGUCUGAUAAUAAGGAUCCGGGUAUCAUGCUCUUUGGCAUGAAGAUUCCUUUGCCGGAGUUUCAGAUUCCAGCCAGCUCUCAAAUGGGUUGUCAAAUUCAGGCAAACUUUGCAGCCAUGAAUUCUUGCAGCAACCUGAAGAAAACAGAAGUAGAAACUCACUCUGCUCAAAACUCUGAGCAAGAAAAGAAUACUUGCGGAUCAAGCAACAGCAAACAAGAAUCCAAGAACACUGAGGAAGGAAAUGAGGAGAGUAGUAACACAGAUCAAGAAAGAAGUUUCAAGAAGCCAGAAAAGAUUCUUCAGUGUCCACGCUGCAACAGUUUAGAGACUAAGUUUUGUUAUUUCAACAACUACAACGUCAAUCAACCGCGGCACUUCUGCAAGAACUGUCAAAGAUAUUGGACUGCUGGUGGAACGAUGAGGAAUGUUCCGGUCGGAGCCGGAAGGCGGAAGAAUAAGCAUCUGGCCUCUCAAUUCAGACACAUAAUAGUAUCGGAGGGAACUCCGGCUGCAAGGUUAGAACCGAAAGAAGAUUCAUCUGGUAACAAUGGUUCUGUAUUGAAAUUUGGUCCAGAUGUUCCUCUCUGUGAAUCCAUGGAGUCAAUGCUUAGUCUUCGAGAUCAGAAGCCAAAUGUUGAUGCAGCAAGCUCAGCGAAUUCUUAUUUUCAAAAUGAAUCGUUAGAACAAAAGUGUUACCCUGUUCCUCCAUGGAUAUUUUCUUGGAAUCCAGGUUGGAACAAUGGUGGUUCUCCGGUGAGUUUGACUUUUCCGGCAACGAUGAGGGGAGUUCCAACCAUUUCGCCACCGAAUAUUCCGUUGCAAUUUGUUCCUGGAAGUUUCUGGAACAGAACACAAGUGUGGCCUUCACAAACCGCCGCAGUUUCAAUAGGAUCCAACGGUUGUCUUUCACCCUCUUCCUCUACUACAAGUAACAGUUGCUGCUCCGGCAAUGGCUCUCCGACGCUCGGAAAACACACCAGAGAUGGUAAUGUCUUCAUGGACGACGAGAAAUCGGAGAUAUGUGUUUUGGUUCCAAAGACACUUAGAAUUGAUGGCCUAAAUGAGGCUUCAAGAAAGCACUUGUAUGAAUCAGAAAAUGGUGUUUCGAAAAAGGUGGAACAAAAAGGACAAGGCAAAGAGCGUGUAUUAGGUGUGUCUCAAAUCUUGGAAGCUAACCCUGCAGCAGUUUCUCGUGUUCAUGCAUUUCAAGAGAGCAUACAAUGAGUUUCAGCUUUCAUUCAGCUGCGUUCGAAACGAGGAACAGAAUAAGACAAGACACUGAGACAGAGACAAAAGACAAGCACAAGCAAAUUUACGCAUGAGAAACAAGAAUAAGAUACUGAGAUAGAGACAGAAGACAAAAGACAAGUGAAUUCACUGGUGUCUUAUCUUUUGUCUCUAUCUCAGUAUUACCUCACAUAACAAACUUGGCAUAUUAUGGAGAAAAAGUGUUUUGCGGCCAGCAUAUAUAUAUGAAGAAUCUUCUUUAAUUUUUUAAUUAUGUCCUGAAAAUGAUUCUUGAAGUUGCAACAAUAAAACAGUGAUCCUGCAUCACUAAUCAUUUAAGGUAGUGUAAAUUGAAAGUUUAGUGAUUAUUAUUGUAUUUAAGCCUAUAUCAUGCAAAAUUACUCAGCACUAUAUAAUUUUUUAUAACGAUCAAAAUAUCCUUUAAAUAUUAUAUAAAUAUACCAAAUUUUACCAUUGUAUCUU